AAGUUUACCAGCCCCCAUGUUCUCCAGAAAUGACUUCAGCAUCUGGAGCAUACUGAGGAAGUGCAUUGGGAUGGAGCUGUCUAAGAUCACCAUGCCCGUUAUUUUUAAUGAGCCACUGAGCUUUCUGCAAAGAUUAACAGAAUAUAUGGAGCACACGUACCUCAUCCAUCAGGCUAAUGCUUCAGAUGACUCUAUUGAGAGAAUGAAGUGUGUGGCCGCGUUUGCCGUAUCAGCUGUGGCGUCUCAGUGGGAAAGGACGGGUAAACCCUUCAACCCCCUACUAGGAGAAACGUAUGAGUUAGUCAGGGAUGAUCUUGGUUUCCGGCUGAUAUCAGAACAAGUGAGCCACCAUCCUCCCGUCAGCGCCUUCCAUGCAGAGGGUUUGCAGAAGGACUUUGUGUUUCAUGGCUCCAUCUACCCCAAACUGAAGUUCUGGGGCAAAAGUGUGGAGGCCGAACCUAAGGGCAUCAUCACUCUAGAACUUCCCAA